AUGCAAAAUAAAAGAGAAGAAAUUGGCAAGAUAGCGUAUUGGUUCUGCUUAAAUAUAAAUUUGUUUUUUAAUUAAAUAUUUGUAGAUAAAAAUGAUAAAAUGAGUGCCAAUGUGAUUUAUAGAAAUCUUCGAAAUUAUAGUAAUUUAAAUUUGAUAUUGAAGCGCGCGGUAAAAAAUCAACAGUUUUUCUUUAAAAAAAAUGGUUAUACUACCUUAAGCUCACCAACUUUAAAAAAUAAUGUUGAACAAAAUUUCAUUAACAACAGAUAUUUUUCAAAUGAAAAUUCAAAUCCCCCUUCAAAUAAAUUUCCUCCCUUAUUACCAGAUCAACCCAUAGUUAUUUGGCCGUCAUUGAUAAAAUCUAUUAGAAAUUUUAUUUUAGCAAAUUUUAUUAUUAAACCUUAUUUAGACCGAGAAUUUAGUCUUGCAGAUUUUGUAAAUGCUUCGAAAAAGGCAGUUGAGGUAAUUUCACGUAAAUUGGCGGAAGGCGACAUUAAAUCAUUGGAGAAUCUGGUUACGAAUGAUAUUAUAUCUAGUUUGCAAAAAGCACUAUCCCUAAUGUCAAUGAGCCAACGUGAACAAAUAUCAAUAGACACUGAUGAUAUAUAUUUUUCGUUUCCUUAUCAGAUUGGUAUUAUAUUCAAUGAAGAGGGGGCAGAACAGAAAAGAUUUGUUGAAAUAACUAUGGUUUAUCAUUCACUGAAAGGUUUAGCCAAUAUGAGAUCUAGAGGUGAAGAACCACCUUUAAAUAUGGGUAUGCUUCCUGAAUAUCAACAAAGAAUUUCAAUAUGCAACUACAGAUUUAUUAGAGAAUUCACUAAGGGUGUUGAAGGAGAUUGGACUGUGAAUUUAUUAAACCAUUUUAAACCUGCUGAUGAAAAUAAAUAGGAAUUAAUAUUUGGAAAAUUGUAACUGUUUAUAGUAAAAUAUGUUUUUAAAUUGUUUUUAUUUCUUUAAUCCAUGUAGGUAUUUUCAAAUUAAUUUAAAAGAUGUAAUUUUAAACUUCAAUUAGAACAAUUUCUUUUUAAAAGUUUUUCCACAUUUUUUUUUGGACGAACCACUGAGGUGUAAUCUCAAGAAUUAAUUUGUUGGUUUGUACAUAGUUUGCACCAGAAUGUAAUUGAUUUGGUUGGUUCCUUAUUUGUUUUAAAUAAUCUAGAGGCACUCACUAUUGUAAGUCUCUUUUUUCAAUUCAGAAAAUAAACCCAUUAAACCAACCUACAAGGUGGUCUCGAAUUAUAUACAUGAAUUUCUAGGGAUAAAAUAGGGAUAUUCUUUCAUACACUUUUUUCUAAAACUGAAAAAUAAGGAAGAUUUAGAUGAAAAAAAGUACAUGAAGUAGUACCCUUUGUUUUGAACAAAAUAUCAGCUCUAGAAAUUAUUGUACAUGAUUGUGGAUUACUUUGUAGAUAUAAAGUUUUAACUUAUUUUCAAUGAACUUUUUUUUAGUGACUUGGGAGUUUUUCAGAGUUGUUUAAACUAAGUGUAAUUUUUUAUUAUUAAUAGAUGACUAUAUAAACAAACAGAAAA